GAACAGUCUUUAACGUUCCUUUUCAUAUAACCAAAAAAACCCUAACAGCCCAUGACUAUAAAUAACAUAAAUUGCUUCUCAGUCUAUUUUUCCACGCCGCCGCACUGCUCUCUCCGAUUAGAUUAUUCUUCUGCUCAGAUCGAUUUUUCCAAGCUAAGAAAUCAUGCAGAACGAGGAAGGAGUCGUCACCGAGCUUUACAUUCCAAGGAAAUGCUCGGCCACAAACAGAUUGAUCACCUCAAAGGAUCAUGCCUCUGUUCAGCUUAACAUUGGUCAUCUUGACGCCGAUGGUAUCUACACUGGCCAGUUCACCACUCUCGCUCUCUGCGGCUUUGUCCGUGCUCAGGGAGACGCAGACAGUGGCGUUGACAGGCUCUGGCAGAAGAAGAAGUCGAAGCCAAACAACAGUGAGAGAUAGAGAUUAAUCUAUAAGCUGCCCUCUCUUGUUGUUUUUGCCAUGUUUCUUUGAAUAUUUUCUAGCUACGAACUCGCGUCUUUUUUUUUCUUUUUUUGCUGAUCUAUAAAAGAUAUUUUAAGUUUCGGUGCCAA